UUAGUAAAUUGACGUAUCUGAAAAAAUAUUAUUCAAUUCUUUGAAAUUCAUUGCGCCGGUAUUCUCACAAGGAAUGGGAGUUAAGUAAAUUGGCGGCGUUACGACGUUUCUAGAAAACGUUUCGGUGUGACGCAAUCAAGGUUUUGGAUUAUUUCUACGUUUGUUAACAUGGCAGAACAGGAAGAGAAGAAAGCUUCAAAGGAAGGGAGCUCUCACUCAGUUCCUGCACUGAACAAGUUUAUGCACCCUCGGAAUAUUUAUCGCACUCCUCCCAGCUUCAAGCAACUGGCGUCUCUCUAUCCAAAUUUUCGGCAGUUUUGCACCUUCGAUGUCAGCAGUAAAGUGCAUCUUGACUUCAGUAAUCCUCAGGCACUGGCUGAGUUAGCUAUUGCUCUGCUGCACAAGGACUUUGGGCUGACAGUUCAUCUUCCAAGCACACAUCUGGUCCCUACAAUCCCUCUUCGACUCAACUAUCUGCUGUGGCUUCAAGACGUAGUUAACUUAUGGGCAGAUCGCAGAAAGCCUGACAAGUUUGACCUGCAACAGGCCCUGCUGCUCCAACAGGCACAGAAGCAGGAGUUCCUGAAUCAACAACAGAAGGAAAACUGUGAAGCAAUGAGUCAAAAAGCCAAAGAUGAUUCGUAUUAUAGAAGUCCCGUUAUUGGGUUUGAUAUAGGAUGUGGAGCAUCUUGUGUGUAUGGUUUGCUGGGUGUUAAGCAGUGUGGCUUCCACAUGCUGUGUUCUGACACUGACCAAGAGGCUCUGUCAACAGCGAGACUGAACGUCUCUACCAAUGGACUGCAGCAGAAGAUAUUUGUGGUUGAGAGCACCAAAGAGUCUCUGUUCUCUGCCUUGCAACGCCCAGAAACUCUCGAGUUCCUCGCUGCCCUCAGACACAAGGAUGGUGAAGUGGAACCCAUGGAUGUUGAUGACUCGUGUAGCGCGGAGGAUGCCAAAGGCUACCUGCUGGAUUUCACGAUGUGCAAUCCUCCUUUCUUCUCAAGCGAGCAGGAGACUGACUCAAGCAGUAAGAGCAAGAAGGACAGGCCACCGCCUAAUAAUGCAUACACGGGCAGGCUGCACGAGACGGUGGUGGAGGGAGGUGAAGUUGCCUUCAUCUCCAGGAUGAUCGAGGAGUCUUGUCAAAUCAAGCACAAAGUUCGAGUAUUCAGCACUCUGGUGGGUGCCGCGGCAGACGUGAAGCUCGUAAAGCAGAUGCUGGCUGCUGUGUCGCCUGCGCACUCGGUCGUCACGGAGUUCUGCCAAGGCCGCACAAUGAGGUGGGGUGUAGCGUGGACGUGGUGCCGCGACGUGUGCCUGGAAGUAGUCAAGAGCAAGAAACAAAUCAGCUCAGUGAAGCCCUUGCUGCUGAACUGGCCCCGCACCUCCCACCUCAGCAGCCAGUCGGUGCUUGGUGCAUGGGAGGCCAUCGACUCCUGGCUCAGACUAAUUAAGCUCAAGGCGAAAGUUUUCAAGUCCAGCAAGUAUUUCGUCGGGGCCUCGUUGAAGGCUUACAAGGUAACGUGGCAGAACAUGCGGCAAAGGCGUCGCCAAGAGAACAAAAAACACGCAAAGCCCGGCAGCGACUGCUUGAACACGGAUAGUCUUGAAGGAGCGAACACGUCUGAUGCGUCGAUUUGCUCGCCAUCGGAGCCUGACGCUGGCGAAUCUAACGGACAAUUCGACCACAAGAUUGACGCCAAGCGCCGAGUUUCUGAAGCUGCGGUAGAGGACCUGGAGAUCGACUCCCGCCUAAAUCCCAUCAAGAAGUUGAAGCUGGAAACCAACGAUGAUGAAGACCAGGAUGAUAGUGACGAUGAUGACAAUGACGGAGACCAUGUCGAUGCACAAGACGAGCAAAUUAAUGAAGAUGCUCACAAAGAUUCGGUUUCAGUUAAGCAAACCGGGAAACCCUGCCUCCUUAAAGUAAACAUAUUUGUUAAGUUGGUCAACAAUCAGGUGGUGGUCGAGCUGCACACCUUGAGUGGACUCUUGGGGAGGGAGGGAGCUAACCAGCUCCUUACUUAUCUUAGGAAUCAAUCAGUAAAGCGAUGAAAUAUUCUGAGUAGCAAGAUGUGUAAUUAAACAAAUGCAAUCAUAAAA